AUGACAGUGGUAGCCAGUUAUGGCAUGGUGCUCUGCGGAAAUUCCUCGGACGACUUGAAUCAGCGUUAUCGAGGACGAAUCGAAAAAGUCAAGUUUGGUGUUCCAAUUAAUGAAGCAUUCGCCCAUGACAUUCCAGCAACGUUAUUGGUGCUACUGCUAAAAGUAAACAAGGAAGGUCCACAGAAAAAGGACAUCUGGCGCGCGCCUGGAAAUCAAGCCCAGAAGUUUUUGUCCAAGCUACCUGGUGGUAUCUUUGGGGUUGAAAAUGAGCAAAUCCUUUUCAAUAGCGCCUUGCAGAACACUGAUUUGGAUAAGCAGCGGCAGGUGUUUUACAGGAUUUUCUGUUCUCUCCCUGUGCCUUCGCAACAUCUUCUUGUGCUUUUGUUUGGCACAUUUCGAACGGUUGCUGAUUCCUCUGAAACCUUCGGGACGAAGAUGAAUCCUGAUGCGAUUGCUAUAUCUGUGGCACCUUCUCUUUUCCACUCGUGUAUCCAUGAUGGAAGACAGGUGAAAUUUGAAGAUGUGCAAAGGUUCAAAUUGGCAUCGGAAGUUGUCAAGACCAUUAUUAAUUCCUUUGGCCAUACAAACCUUUUCCCGCGAGAGUGUUACGAAUUCUAUGCUCGGAUCACAGGUAGAACAUUGCGUGUCGACGAAAAUUGGCUCUUCACAUUCCAGUACCCUUCAAGGACUAGGCAUGGCGGUGGAGCUGAACCAGUGGUCCUUCCUGAUAGUCCGUAUGACGAACCAACAACCUUGGCUGCAUCUAUAAGCCAUCGUCUAAGUAGCAGUGUUGGAGAGGUACUCCAUCAGACAGGUGCUGCAGAUCUAGAAUCAUGCGAGUCUGACUUCUUGCGACCUUUGACAUCGUGUGGAGGCGAUUCGUCGCGUUCCUUCACAUAUUUGGAAUGGGUUCACGAAAAUCAGGCACGACGAAUGCGGAGUCGUAGCGAAUGGUUUUUAUCACCAACUAUACCGUCAAAGUCGAGCUCACAUCCUGGAGACUGCGAUUUAUUCACCCUGAAAGCGUUACCUGGUUCCUUUUCGUUUACAGCAGAGGAUGACAAGAAGCUUGAUAUCGGAAUGAGCAACUCAUUGUUCUUGCAGGUACUCCAUCAGACAGGUGCUGCAGAUCUAGAAUCAUGCGAGUCUGACUUCUUGCGACCUUUGACAUCGUGUGGAGGCGAUUCGUCGCGUUCCUUCACAUAUUUGGAAUGGGUUCACGAAAAUCAGGCACGACGAAUGCGGAGUCGUAGCGAAUGGUUUUUAUCACCAACUAUACCGUCAAAGUCGAGCUCACAUCCUGGAGACUGCGAUUUAUUCACCCUGAAAGCGUUACCUGGUUCCUUUUCGUUUACAGCAGAGGAUGACAAGAAGCUUGGUGAUACAUCAGACACCAUCCCGCUCCUUUCGAAAAAGUCAUACAAAAUCCUAUCUCAUGUGGAACGACUCAACUUGCAGGCCAAGAAAUCGCGGCAGCCUUUUGCUGAGAGAACAUGCAGUACGUCAAGUCCGAAGAACAACUGUUCUUGCGCCAUGUCUGCGUCAGGAUUACCAUCUUCGUGUGGGCAUUCUCUCGAUUCUCAAGAACCUCCGGUUCUUCCCAGUCAACGGGUCAGUGGCAAAACAAUGUACUCACGUUCGUUGGCUCAUAGCAUUGGCGGAGAAACCUGGCUGAUGGAGGUUAUAUCUGAUGAGAUAUGGAAGAAGAAGAGAAGUGUUAAGAAAAAACAUUAA